UUGGAGAGGUUUGAGCGGUUCCACGUUUCUCCACCUCCGGCCGCUAAUAAUGACAGCUCGCGCGCUCACUCCAACGGCCAUCACCUCCACAGCGCCGCGCUGAGCAACAACAGCAAUAGCGAGAGCUCUCGCCUCUUGCUGUGUCGAUGGACCCCUCUCGCCGCAGGAGGAGGCGCAGGCGAUGAUUCUUCCGCCGCGGACGAACCUCCAAAGCGGAGAAUCCGUUACACUCCGAUUGCAGCGCUGGAGGAGAGGACGAAGGCAGCGAAGAGCGUUGAUGUUGAAGCCAAAGAAGAUCAGAUUACUGAUCAAUCCAAGGCUUCCGAGGAUGACGAGCCGGAGGAUGAUGAUGAGACUAUGAAGGAAGAGACACAGUCGUACUAG